UGAUUGUUUGUGAUGAGGGGCUGUUGUUCGCUGAGCCUCGUGGUGAGGUGUUUUGAUUAUCAACAAACGCGAGCGUGAUGCUUCCUCUGAGUCCUGCUCGAGCGCAGGAUCACCGGUAACUGAGGCACCGCAGGUGGUCCGAGAGAGAGAGAGAGAGAGAGAGAGAGAGAAAGAGAGAGAGAAAGAGAGAGAGAGAGAGGCGUGCUGCACAUUGGUCGGGCUACUUUUCUGACGACACACCAACAAUCGUCAACCUGUGGAUAGAGAGCGCGUGCGGUGCUCUGUUGUCUCCUCCACUGCCACCCUCUCCCGCCGCUUAACACCGAGCCCGACCCCCUCGGACAUCCAGGACGCAUGUUUACUGGGAGAGGGUGCCGGUUCGAUUCCCGCACGGAGGAGAGGAACCGAAAAGUUGAGGGGUCGUCGUGCGCCAUUCCCGCUUCAUGAAUGGCCGGAACAUGGAGGAGAUGCCAUUCGAAAGAGUCAAGACCCGGCGGAGGAAGGGUCACUGCCCGGCCGGUGCGCCCCUGGGCGCCAUCGCCUGCGAGGACGAGUUCAACAGCCAGGAGCUGGAGGCUCUCUUCCAGAACUACAACCUGAAGCUGGAGCAGACCGCCACCCUCAAAGCGCUGGCGGUGCUCAUCGUGGCCGCGUCGUCGCUGUCUCUGGUGGAGCUGCUGUCCAGCCCGCGUCUCACCUUGUCCAAGGGCUCCUACCCGGUGCACUGCGUGGUGUUUCUGUCGCUGUUCAUCGUCACCAACGUCAAAUACCUGCAGGUGACGCAGCUGCAGCAAAUCGCGAAGCUGGCCCUGCUCUUCAGCUUCACCUUUGCGCUGCUCUGCUGCCCGUUCCCGCUGGCGCUCGGCACGUCGGAGCUGGUGAGCGCCGCUGCCCCUGAGCAAGGCGUGUGGCAGCUCAUGCUGGUCACCCUCGUGGCUUACGUGCUGCUGCCGGUGCGGACGCUGAUGGCCGUGCUGUUCGGGGUGAUGCUGGCUGCAUCCCACUUCAUUGUCAUAGCGACGUCGUUCACGGGAAGGAAACAGAAGCUGUGGAGACCGCUGGUGGCCAACGCGGUGCUGUUCACCAGCGUCAACUUGUCUGGGGUGUUUGUGCGGAUUCUCACCGAGCGCACCCAGAGGAAAGUCUUCCUGCAGGCCCGCAGCUGCAUCGAGGAGAGGCUGAGGCUCGAGGAUGAGAAUGAGAAACAGCAGUAA